AUGACGAUGGAUAAGCAGCUGAUUUGGGUCCGGGACCCAAACGAGGGGUUCAUACUGGCCCGCCUCCAUGAGCUCAUGGGGGAGGAGGCAGAUGUGUACCCCGUAGACAACAAGUACCCCAAAAGAGUAUGCAGCUUUGAAGACAUAUUCCCAGCUGGAGAUCCCAUGAAGAAUGUAGAUGAUAAUUGUGAACUAAUGUUUCUGAACGAAGCCACACUACUGAACAACAUUCUCACGCGAUACAAAAAGAACAAAAUCUACACAUACGUUGCGAAUAUCCUGCUAGCCGUGAACCCUUAUGAAGAUAUAAAAGACAUGUACUCAUCAGCCACCAUCAAGAAUUACCAAGGAAAAUCGUUGGGAGAACUACCGCCACACGUUUUUGCUCUUGCUGAUAAAGCCUUCCGCGAUAUGAAAUCUCUGAAGCAAUCCCAAUCGAUCAUCGUCUCUGGAGAAUCCGGUGCAGGCAAGACAGAGUCAACUAAAUACAUUCUCAAGUAUCUAUGUGAUCUGUGGGCUAAAAGUGCCGGGCCCGUCGAACAGAAGAUUUUGGACGCCAAUCCAAUUCUGGAAGCCUUCGGUAACGCUAAAACAACUCGCAACAACAACAGCUCCCGUUUCGGCAAGUUCAUGGAAGUGCACUUUAACAACAAGUACCAGGUGGUGGGCGGCUUUAUUUCCCAUUAUCUUCUGGAAAAGUCCAGAAUAUGCACUCAGAGCGCAGAAGAGAGGAAUUACCAUGUGUUUUAUUUGCUCUGUGCCGGAGCCCCUCAAGAGUUAAGGACUGCGUUGGAAAUUAAGAAGCCCGAUGACUAUUUGUAUCUAAAGAACGGCUGCACUCAGUACUUCACGACGGCCGCCUCGGAGAAGAAAAUCGGCCCCAACAGCAUGACUCCGCAACAAAAGGCUAAGGGAGGACUCAGGGACCCCAUACUGGAUGAUGUCGAAGACUUUGGAAGAUUAAACCAGGCGUUAUCUCGUGUCGGUUUAACCGAGGAGGAGAAGAAAUCGGUGUACUCGGUGGUAGCCGCCGUCCUGCACCUCGGGAACGUGGAGUUCGAGGAAGACACGGGCCCGCGGGGGGGCUGCCGCGUGACGCCCAGCUCGGAGCCGGCGCUGGCCACGGCGGGGCGCCUGCUGGGCGUGGACGCGCCCGAGCUGCGCAUGGCGCUCGUGUCGCGCCUCAUGCAGAGCUCCCGCGGCGGCGCCAAGGGGACGGCCAUCAUGGUCCCCUUGAAAACCUACGAAGCGAACAACGCCCGUGACGCGCUGGCCAAGGCCGUGUACAGCCGACUGUUCGACUACAUCGUACAUCGCAUCAACAGCAGCAUUCCCUUCCAAGCCUCCUCUUAUUAUAUCGGUGUCUUGGAUAUCGCUGGAUUUGAAUAUUUCCAAAUGAACAGCUUCGAGCAAUUCUGCAUCAACUACUGCAAUGAGAAGCUUCAGCAGUUUUUCAACGAGCGUAUCUUGAAAAACGAACAGGAACUUUACAAGCGCGAGGGGCUUAACGUGCCUGAAAUCAGAUUCGUCGAUAACCAAGACUGUAUAGAUUUAAUUGAGAGCAAGAACCAUGGCAUAUUCCAUUUAUUGGACGAAGAAUCAAAACUGCCUAAACCUGAGUUUGGACACUUCACACAUUCCGUACACAAACAACUCGGUGCUAACAAUAACAGACUGCAAGUACCUCGCUCAUCUCGACUAAAAGCUCACCGUACACUACGUGACGAUGAAGGCUUUCUCCUACGACAUUUCGCCGGCGCUGUAUGCUAUAAUACGAACCAAUUCAUAGAAAAGAACAACGAUGCAUUGCACGCCUCUUUAGAAUUUCUAGUUCAAGAGUCGCGUAGCGCCCUAGUGCAACAACUGUUCCAAACAACCGACAAUAACAAUGCUAAAGGGAAACUCAACUUUAUAUCUGUUGGUGCUAAGUUUCAAAGUCAGUUGUCUCAGCUCAUGGAUAAAUUGAAAGAGAAUGGCACGAACUUCGUGCGGUGCAUCAAGCCCAACUCGCGCAUGGUGGGUCGCGAGACGGAGGGGGGGCUGGUGCUGACGCAGCUGCAGUGCAGCGGCACGGCGGCGGUGCUGGAGCUCAUGGAGCACGGCUACCCCUCCCGCGCCCCCUUCCACGACCUGCACGCCAUGUACAGCUCCUUCCUCCCGCCCAAGCUGAGGGCGCUCGCGCCCAAGACCUUCUGUGAGGCAAUGGUCCACAGUCUCGGUCUAUCAGAAAAAGACUACAAGUUUGGAGUGACCCGCGUGUUCUUCAGGCCGGGCAAGUACUCCGAGUUCGACACGAUGAUGAAGUCUGACCCGGAGAACCUCAAGGCCAUAGUGGACGCCGUGCUGUCGUGGCUCGUCAAGUCCAGGUGGAGGAAGUCGAUAUUCGCUGUACUCUCUAUUAUUAAAUUAAAGAACAAAAUCGAAUACCGUCGCAAGUGCCUGAUUCUCUUGCAAAAGAACAUCCGAGGGUACCUGGUCCGACGCAAGCAUCGGCCGCGGAUACGCGGGCUCGCCAAGAUCAACGCGCUGCAACACAACCUCAAAGACAUGGAGACUGUCACCUCGCAGCUCAAGAAGGAGAAGGACAGCGCUCAGAAGAAUAUUGAGGACUUGAGGAAUUCUAUCAAAAAUGCUUGUGUUAACAUUAAAGCAAACGAAAAGAUGUCUCGCAGUGAAAUCGACCAACUGUUCUCAAAACUAACGAAGGAUGUCGAAUUGCAAAUGGUGGCUCUACAGAAGGCUAUGAUUGACCAAAAGAACAGAGAUGAGCAAGAGCGUCUACGUAAGAUCGAGGCGGAGAUGCGAGCAGCCGAGGAAGCCAAGAAACGUGAAAUGGAAAUUCAAAAACAGGAAGAGGAACACCGCAGGCUGAAGGCGGAGAUGGAGGCGCGGCGCAAGGCGGAGGAGGCGGAGCGCGCGCGCCGGGAGGAGGCCGACCGACACGCCGCCAGGGCGCUGCAGCUGCAGAUGGACCACGCCGCCAAGCUCGACCAGGACAACAGGGAGAGGUUAGAACAAGAGAGGCGAGACCACGAAAUGGCCAUGAGACUGGCUAAAGAAACAAAUGGACACGUGGAAGGCUCACCGCCACAACUGCGCAGUUUCCCUACAAUGGAGUCAGUCAAUGGAGAGAAUAAAUUGAACAGGUCUGAACGCGUGCGAAUGCAGCAAGCUAUACAACAAGGCAACCAAAAGUACGAUUUGUCUAAAUGGAAAUAUUCAGAACUGCGUGAUACUAUCAAUACUUCAUGUGAUAUUGAGUUAUUGGAGGCGUGCCGUCACGAGUUCCACCGUCGAUUGAAGGUGUACCAUGCGUGGAAGGCAAAGAACGCACGCAAAACCACCAUGGCUGAUCAGGAGAGGGCGCCACAGUCUAUUAUGGAUGCUGCCAAGGCGCCGCGGAUGACGACGGGGGUGGUGCCACGUGACGUACUCGGCGCGCGGCACCGCUACUUCCGCAUCCCGUUCGUGCGCGCGGGCGCGGGCGGUGCGGCGGGCGGGGGCGGUGCGGGGGGCGGGGGCGAGGGCGAGCGGCGCGGCUGGUGGUACGCGCACUUCGACGGGCAGUACGUGGCGCGGCAGAUGGAGCUGCACCCCGACAAGGCGGCCGUGCUGCUGCAGGCGGGGCUGGACGACAUGCAGAUGUGCGAGCUGAGCCUGGACGAGACGGGGCUGACGCGCAAGCGCGGCGCCGAGGUGCUGGAGCACGAGUUCGAGCGCGAGUGGGCGCGCCACGGCGGGCAGCUCUACGUGCCGCACGACAAGCGCACGCGCUAG